GCCCUAUUCCCGCAGCCGCACCGCGCGUGGGUGGGGUCCUUGGCUGGUGCAGUAUCUCACGCCCGCGGGCGGGCAAGGCGAGCGGCGGUGGCACACACGAUCAGGUUUGGAACCCACACUUCUAAGAAGCAUUGCAAGUGAAGGGCUCCAUUUGCCUCACUGAGACUCCAGCCCUACACAGAAAGUUCAUGGAGCCUAGAACACCAAUAGCCAAACUUUGGAGGACUAGCCAACUCCAUCUGAACCUGUAGGGCACUACCCCAGCCUGCUCACCAUGGCACAUAGUUUCACAGUGGGCUUGGACCCUUUGGGUCUAUCAGAACUCAGCUCUGGCUCUCUGAGCUCCCUCUCCUCCCGAGGCCACCUGGGCAGCGACUCAGGCUCCACUGCAACACGAUACCUGCUGAGGAAGCAGCAGCGCCUGCUGAAUGGGCCCCCCCGAGGAAUCCGAGCCUCGUCACCCAUGGGCCGAGUCAUCCUCAUCAACUCCCCCAUCGAAGCCAACAGUGAUGAAAGUGACAUCAUCCACGCAGUCCGAGUAGAGAAAAGCCCCUCAGGGAGGCUGGGAUUCAGCGUUCGGGGAGGCUCUGAGCACGGCCUGGGCAUCUUCGUCAGCAAAGUGGAGGAGGGGAGUAAUGCAGAGCGGGCUGGCCUGUGUGUGGGGGACAAGAUCACAGAGGUGAAUGGGCUGAGCCUGGAGAGCACCACGAUGGGCAGCGCUGUGAAGGUGCUAACCAGCAGCUGCCGCCUGCACAUGAUGGUGCGGCGCAUGGGUCGUGUGCCAGGCAUCAAGUUCUCCAAGGAGAAGACCACAUGGGUGGACGUGAUAAACCGGAGGCUAGUAGUGGAGAAGUGCAGUUCAACACCUUCGGACAGCAGCUCAGAGGAUGGUGUGCGGCGCAUUGUCCAUCUGUAUACGACCUCUGAUGACUUCUGCCUAGGCUUCAACAUCCGUGGGGGCAAGGAAUUUGGUCUGGGUAUCUAUGUGUCCAAAGUAGACCAUGGUGGGCUGGCCGAGGAGAAUGGCAUCAAAGUGGGGGACCAGGUCUUGGCGGCCAAUGGUGUCAGGUUCGACGACAUCAGCCACAGCCAGGCCGUGGAGGUGCUGAAGGGCCAAACGCACAUCAUGUUGACCAUCAAGGAGACAGGCCGGUACCCUGCCUACAAAGAGAUGGUUUCUGAGUACUGCUGGUUGGAUAGAUUGAGCAAUGGGGUACUGCAGCAGCUGUCACCCGCCUCCGAGAGCGGCUCCAGCAUCUCCUCUUAUGCCUCCAGUGCUCCCUGCAGCUCAGGCUCGCUGCCCUCCGACCGCAUGGACGUCUGCCUGGGGCCAGAGGAGCCCAGUGGCCAUGGCCCAGGUUGGGGGCGGGCAGACACAGCCAUGCAGACUGAGCCUGAUAUGGGAGGACACGUGGAGACUUGGUGUAGCAUUCGGCCCACAGUCAUCCUCAGGGACACAGCCAUCCGCUCUGAUGGCCCCUCUUCCACCCGCCGCCUUGACUCUGCGCUCUCAGAGUCCCCCAAGACUGCUUUGCUGCUGGCCCUCAGCAGACCCAGGCCUCCCAUCACACGUUCCCAGAGCCACCUGACCCUGUGGGAGGAGAAGAAGCAGCGGAGGAAGGAGAAGUCAGGGCCCCCUGGGGAGAAGGGGGCCCUGCAGCGCUCCAAGACGCUGAUGAACCUCUUCUUCAAGGGAGGGCGGCAGUGGUGGCCAGCAGGAGACGGGCAUAGAGAGGCCUGGACGUUGGACAGCAGAAGCCCCACCAAAGCCCGCCCUCACCUGGACCUGGAGAAAGCAGGGUGCGUGGGGCCUGUGCAGAAGUUUGUCACUUGGAGACUGAGACGCGACCGGGAGAGGGGCCAGGCCCUGCUCUCUGGCAGGUCUGGGAGCCCCACUGGUCAUCUGCCCAAUGUGGAUGAGUGGGUGCAGGCCUGGGAGAGUCGACGACCCCUCAUUCAGGACCUGGCCCGGCGACUGCUGACAGAUGAUGAGGUGGUGGCGGUCACUCGCCACUGCUCCCGGUAUGUACAUGAAGGUGGUGUGGAGGACCUGGUGCGGCCCCUUCUGGCCAUCCUGGACAGGCCAGAGAAACUGCUGCUGCUGAGGGACAUCAGGAGUGUGGUGGCCCCCACGGACCUUGGUCGCUUUGACAGCAUGGUGAUGCCUGUGGAAUUAAAGGCUUUCGAGGCUCUCAAGAGCAGGGCAGUGAGGCCUUCUGCUUUGAGACCAGCCAGACAAGACACACCACCCAAGCGUCACCUCAUCACCCCUGUGCCUGAUAGCCGAGGAGGCUUCUACUUGCUGCCGGUGAAUGGCUGCUCAGAGGAGGAUGACAGAGAGAUAAGGGAGCGGUUGGGGGGCCUCAAAGUCUCCCUCAGUGCCUCUGUCCCCCGGCACCACCAUAAAGGAAUUCCUCCUCUACAAGAUGUGCCAGUAGAUGCCUUCACCCCACGCCGAAGUGUGUGUACACCUCCUCCCCAGCCACCUCCUGUGGCUCCCCGGCCUCCCAGGCCCAACUGGCUACUGACAGAACCCCUAAACAGAGAGGACCCCCAUCAGAAUCAGAGCCAGGCCCCAGCCCAAAGCCGAAGCCACAGCCACAGUCGAGGUCAAGGCAAGUCCCCUGGGCGCAGGCGCUCCCCUUCUCCCACUCCCAUCAGUACUGCCAGCACAUCCAAUGGGCGCUACUACAGGCCUCGAAAGGCCCGGCCCUCCCUUCCCCGACCUCUGGAUGGGCAGGUAGCCAGACAAGGGCCCUCAGAGAAUGGAGCUGGUGGAACAGCUGAGGAGUCAGUCAUGAAGGCCUCCACUGGAGAGCUGAGGACAGUCUCGCUGUCCAAAAUGAAGCAGUCCUUGGGCAUCAGCAUUUCAGGGGGCAUUGAGUCCAAGGUGCAGCCCAUGGUGAAGAUAGAGAAGAUCUUCCCAGGUGGAGCUGCCUUCUUCAGUGGGGCCCUACAGGCUGGCUUUGAGCUUGUAGCAGUGGAUGGAGAGAGCCUGGAGCAGGUGACCCACCAGCGAGCAGUGGACACCAUCCGCCGGGCUUAUCGAAACAAGUCUCGGGAGCCCAUGGAGCUUGUGGUCAGAGUCCCUGGAUCUGGCCUGCUGCCUUUACCCUCUGAUCCAUCAGACCUCAUGGACCAGAGCCUUCCUGCUAAAGGUUCCUCUGCCCAUAGACCCCUUGAUGCCACUCCGAUUCAUACCCAGCCCCCUCCUUCUGAAGAUAGGCUCCUACAAGACUCUCAACCCAGCCCUCAAGCUCCCCAUGAACCUUCCCAUUGACAAGUCCUCUUGCUGAUGGGUUCCCUCCUGCAGACUCAAGGCACCUCUGUCCCAUGUGUCUUGACUGCUGACAGAACCAUACAGGUGGUUCUCAUAUUCCCAGUCUCUCCUCCCAGGUGUCAGUAAGAUUACCCUUUCAAGAUAAGCUGGAUGUCCAAGGACAGACAGGGUGUUAGUAGACAACCUGUGUCAUUUGCACCCCUUGCUCCCUGACCCCUCCUGACAGAGAAACCUCGGGUCUGAAACCUGGAACUAGUGGGAGUUUUCUCUUGAUGCCCCUGGCUCCCCCAAACUUUGUGGAACUUAAAGAGUUUUCAGGGAGUCAAUGUAUCCAUCCCCCAGGCUGAAGCAGCCUUCAGUGUAAAGGACAGGCUGGGAAGACUUUUCUGAUCCUCAUUGAGACUCAUUUUGUGGUUCACUAAUACCUUCAGUUCUACCGGAUUUUUCCUACCAUGACCCUUCCUCCCUCUUAAGAGCUCCACGAAGAGUAGGUAAGCAGACAGGAAAGAGGGGACAGACAUCAAACAAGUUCCCCUGCAACUGUUUAUCCAGCAUAUUUUUUUUAAAAAAACAACAAAAAAUCUUUUUUAAUUUUUUCUUUGGAUUUGUACAAGAAAUUUACAGUGUGAAAAAUAUACAAGUGAAAAUGAGGCCAUAAACCUGGGUGCUAGGAGGGACUGCUUGGUCACAAACACAAAUAAAUGACAUUGCUGUGUU